GGCUGCAGUUGCUGGAAUGGUUUAGUGAAAGAAAUGUUUGCUUUCAUUUGUCUAGUGAUUUUUUUCUUCUUCGGCAGUUCUUUGAAUAUACAAACUAUAUCAAACAAGGAAAAACAGAUAUAAAUUUGUGUUGGGGAAACCUCCUUGUGGAGCAUUUAAUCAGAUGACUCCCUGGCAACGUAUCUUGAAAAGAGGGAUUAAUGAAGUAGCGUCUGAAGCAGCAGUGGGCUCUUACGGAAUAAACCCCGGCAAGUUCCACAGUGUUUUGCUGGAUAAUUUCAAGUUCUUCAGAGACAGCUUACAUAAAGAAGAUUGUAGGGCACGUGAUGCUUUCUGGCUUCUUAUAUUUCAGAUAGUAGAAAAAUUGCUAGCUCUAAGAAUGGAUCCUGGCGAGAUCUUGGCACAGUUAUAACUUUUCAUCUAUGAUUUUAUCUAACAACUUCUUCAUUUGAAGUUUUUUGUUGUUGUCGGAAUAAGCAAUUUGAAUAGUUUUGCUUUAUGUAUAUAAUACUGUAAUGGUAGAAUAAUGGAUUGCCUGUGCAUUGUAACUACAAAGAAAUACCGGUAUCAGGAUGAAGAGGUACCUCCUCCAGAGCACAUUUCCCAAGUCACUAAUGAGGUGCUAGGACCAGAAUUGGUUCAUGUCUCAGAAAAGAACCUGUCAGAGAUAGAGAAUGUCCAUGGAUUUGUUGCUCAUUCUCAUAUUUCACCAGUAAAGCCCACAGAAGCUGUUCCUCCCUCCUCUCCCACUGUCCCUGUGACCCCUGCCCUGCCAGUCCCUGCUGAGAGUACUGUCGUCCUGUCCACCGCACCACAGGCAAAUCCUCCUCCAGUGCUAGUCAACACAGACAGCUUAGAGACACCAACUUAUGUUAAUGGUACUGAUGCAGAUUAUGAAUAUGAGGAAAUCACACUUGAAAGGGGAAAUUCAGGGCUUGGUUUCAGCAUUGCAGGAGGUACAGACAACCCACACAUUGGAGAUGAUUCAAGUAUUUUCAUCACCAAAAUUAUCACAGGAGGAGCAGCUGCCCAAGAUGGAAGAUUGCGAGUAAAUGACUGUAUAUUGAGGGUCAAUGAAGCAGAUGUUCGAGAUGUAACCCAUAGCAAAGCAGUCGAGGCAUUGAAAGAAGCUGGAUCUAUUGUGCGAUUGUAUGUGAAAAGGCGGAAGCCAGUAUCAGAGAAAAUAAUGGAAAUAAAACUCAUUAAAGGUCCUAAAGGUCUUGGAUUCAGCAUUGCUGGAGGUGUUGGAAAUCAGCAUAUUCCUGGUGAUAACAGCAUCUAUGUAACCAAAAUAAUUGAAGGAGGCGCAGCACACAAAGAUGGCAAGCUUCAGAUUGGAGAUAAACUUCUAGCAGUGAAUAGUGUAUGUUUAGAAGAAGUUACUCAUGAAGAAGCAGUAACUGCCUUAAAGAACACAUCUGAUUUUGUUUAUUUGAAAGUGGCAAAACCAACAAGUAUGUACAUAAAUGAUGGCUAUGCACCACCUGACAUCACUAACUCUUCUUCUCAGCCUGUUGAUAACCAUGUUAGCCCAUCUUCCUACUUGGGCCAGACACCAGCGUCACCAGCCAGAUACUCACCCAUUUCUAAAGCAGUGAUUGGCGAUGAUGAGAUUACUAGGGAGCCUAGAAAAGUUGUUCUUCAUCGUGGCUCAACAGGACUUGGUUUCAACAUUGUGGGAGGUGAAGAUGGGGAAGGAAUAUUUAUCUCCUUCAUCCUGGCUGGAGGACCUGCUGAUCUCAGUGGAGAGCUCAGAAAAGGAGAUCGUAUUAUAUCGGUAAACAGUGUUGACCUCAGAGCUGCAAGUCAUGAGCAAGCAGCAGCCGCAUUAAAAAAUGCAGGCCAAGCUGUCACUAUUGUUGCACAAUACCGACCUGAAGAAUACAGUCGUUUUGAAGCUAAAAUACAUGACUUACGGGAGCAGCUGAUGAGCAGUAGCAUUAGCUCAGGGUCGGGUUCCCUUCGAACUAGCCAGAAGCGAUCCCUCUAUGUCAGAGCCCUUUUUGAUUACGACAAGACUAAAGAUAGUGGCCUUCCCAGUCAAGGGUUGAACUUCAAAUUUGGAGAUAUUCUCCAUGUUAUCAAUGCUUCUGACGAUGAAUGGUGGCAAGCCAGACAGGUUACACCGGAUGGCGAAAGUGACGAAGUUGGAGUAAUUCCUAGUAAACGCAGAGUGGAGAAGAAAGAACGAGCCCGGUUAAAAACAGUCAAGUUCAAUUCUAAAACAAGAGAUAAAGGGCAGUCAUUCAAUGACAAGCGUAAAAAGAACCUCUUUUCCCGAAAAUUUCCCUUCUACAAGAACAAGGACCAGAGUGAGCAGGAAACCAGUGAUGCUGACCAGCAUGUCACUUCUAAUGCCAGCGAUAGUGAAAGUAGUUACCUAAUCUUGAUUACAGAUGAGUAUGGCUGCUCAAAAGGUGGUCAAGAAGAAUAUGUUUUAUCGUAUGAGCCAGUGAAUCAACAAGAAGUUAAUUAUACUCGACCAGUCAUUAUAUUGGGACCCAUGAAAGACAGGGUAAAUGAUGAUUUAAUCUCAGAAUUUCCCGACAAAUUUGGAUCCUGCGUCCCUCAUACAACUAGACCAAAGCGUGACUAUGAGGUGGAUGGAAGAGAUUAUCAUUUUGUGACUUCAAGGGAACAGAUGGAAAAGGACAUUCAGGAGCAUAAGUUCAUUGAAGCUGGCCAGUAUAACAACCAUCUGUAUGGAACGAGCGUUCAGUCGGUGCGAGCAGUAGCAGAGAAGGGCAAACAUUGUAUCCUUGAUGUGUCCGGAAAUGCCAUAAAAAGAUUGCAGAUUGCCCAACUUUACCCAAUAUCUAUUUUUAUCAAACCCAAAUCCAUGGAAAAUAUCAUGGAAAUGAAUAAGCGCCUAACGGAAGAACAAGCCAGAAGAACAUUUGAGAGAGCCAUGAAGCUGGAGCAGGAGUUCACCGAGCAUUUCACAGCUAUUGUGCAGGGAGACACGCUGGAGGACAUUUACAACCAAGUGAAGCAGGUCAUAGAAGAACAGUCUGGCCCUUAUAUUUGGGUCCCAGCAAAAGAGAAGUUAUGAAGACUGGCUUUUCUGUCUUUUUUCCUGUCUCAUUUCUCUGACCUGUCCUGGAGUCUGUCUUCAGUGCUCCCUCCACAUUGCCUCAGAUCCCCUCAUGGUCGGCAGUUGUGCCCAUUUUGACAUCUAGUGUCUCCUUCAUGUUGCAUCAUCUGUGUUAUUCUGUGUUACUAUUGGUUUCCGGCCAUUUUUCAGAACUGAAGAUGAAUGGCCUGACCAGCUAUCAAGGGUUUGGGGAGAUGCAAAAUUGUGAAAUUCCUUAAUGUUUAAGGGAAAGUUAACUUUAAGAGAUUUUCAGAAAAGCCUUAUAUACAUUCUUUUCCAAUUUCAGUACAAAUGAAAGAAAGGUGUUUUAAUCAGUGACUCGGUGGACCCUGAGCAACAAUGCACGCUUAACUCUAAUAGCAUGGUUUGGCCAGUGUAUUAGCUCUCAAGUUCUUCCCUCAAUGACUUCUGGUAUUAAAGUAAUUAUUCCAUUAAAGACAAAUAAGAAAAAUAGGGGUUUUAUCUCAAAAUUAAUGUAUAAGUUAACCCAUAAUUUCAGGAGGUCUAUUUGUUGUUCAUGAUAGAUCCUCGUUGUGUGAGCCCUUCCCAGUACACUUCUAGGAUAACGGCAUUGAGUGCUUUUAGUCAGCUCGUGCAGCCCGGUUUUGGUACCUCUCAGGAGUUGCGUACACUCUUUCUGAUGAUGGCUCUGUUGAGAUGCUGGGGGCUCACCUUCACUGACAACUGCGGACAAGAACGUUCCUGUGGCAGUCAUGGCGGUGGGAAGGUGUCCAGUUCAUAGCCUAAAAUUUUACUGUGUGCUUAGGGAGGGGGCAGAUUUUAAUGACUAUUUUACCCACAAUAACUGCCUAUUUUGUUAUAAUAAAAUAUAUAUAAAUAUAUAUAAAACUUUCUUUAACUAAACUCUGUAACUAUGGGAAUUAUUUUCUUUACAUAGUUGCACACACAUAUAUAUAUAUUUAAAAUAUAUUUUUCUUUUGCCACCUACUUCUAACUUUUUUUUGGUUUUUAAAUUAAAUAUUAAUUGAUGAGACUUAUCUUCCUUAAUCAUGUGAACUGAAACCAAGUGUAUGGUGAUGGUGAGGAAAAGCCUCUAGGGAAACUAGAUUGCAAGUAGACGUGUGAGCAUGUUCUCCUCUUUCCUACACAAUUCCAGAAGGUUCCUAACUUUUCUCUCAGUGUUGUGUUCUUGUCAUGGAGUUUGAUUUAGGUCCUCCACCUUCCUUUUAGUUCUCAUUUCAUUAAUGGAAAAACAGAAUCCGCUUUGGAGGCUUCCCCAGACACUGUCUCACGUAGCUGCACUGUACUGCAAUUGCACAGGUCUUUACAGCAAGCUUCUUCAAUCUUAGGAGAGGCCGAAGGCCUUCAGAGUCCGUUUCUCUAGUCUGUUAUUAGUAUCAUUUGCCCUCCCAUUGCUCUUUGGAAUUGUUUAUUCAAUAUGUGGUUUUUGGCAACGUUGUUAAAAUUUCUUAAAUGAGUACUGGUUUGUAAAGAAUUACCACCAUUAUCCAUUCCACUUAUGAGAAAGAGGAGAACAGCUAAUAAACUCCGUUGUAAAAUCCA